UCUCUACCUUUGUUGUCCUCUUGCAACCACCCCUCUCCUUCUUGGAAAAAACCACUCAAUUAAUGCACUUCGUCUCCUCUUCCCCUUUCUAUAUAUAUAUAAUAUAACCACAUUCCCUUCUUCUUCUGCGCCACCCAUUCUUAUCCAUUUCUCUCUUUCUUCUAUAAUGGCAUCACAAAAUCCACAACCCCAUCAUUUCCAUGACUCCCUUCCAUUCAUGGCGAACAAGCUAGGCGGCGACGGCCUCAUAGACGAGCUCUGCAACGGGUUCAACCUCUUGAAGGACUCUGAAAAAGGUGUCAUCACUUUCGACAGCCUCAAGAGGAAUUCUGCUCUGCUGGGCCUGCAAGGUUUCAGCGAUGAGGAUCUUCGCUUGAUGCUCCGGCAAGGUGAUUUUGACGGCGAUGGCGCGCUUAUCCAGUUGGAGUUCUGUGUUUUGAUGUUUAGAUUGAGCCCUGAACUCAUGGAGGGGUCUCAGUUGUGGUUGGAGGAAGCCCUUCAGCAAGAACUUAGAGAUGAUGGUUGUUGAAAUGUUGUUGUUGUGUUUCUUUGGUAACUUUUGGAAAUUGUAUCGUACAUGUUUGACUUGUGAGAAGAGAGGGGCCGGGAAAAAAUAGCAUUUGACAAUUCCUCCAUGUAUAUUUCUCAGCUGAACUAAAUUAUUAUGCCCAUUGCUAGCGUUUUAAUUAACAUGCAAGAGAUGUGGGUUUGUACUAGCUCCAAAUGAUUUGUUUAUAUAUAUCAAUAAAUAUGCUCGGUUAGACUUUGUGGUCAGAUUAA